CGGCGGCGGCGGCGGCGGCGGCGGCGGGCGGCGGAGGCGCCUCGUGCGCGCGGUUAUUUAUUUAUUUCCGGGCCCAGAGCGCUUAUAAUGGAGCCGCUGUCAGCAGAAGCUUCUGCUGCCGCCGCCGCCGCCGCGGUCGUCCCUGUCCCUCCUCUCUUUCUCCCCGGCAGAUCUUUGUUGUGUGGGAGGGCAGCGGGGAUGGACUUGAGCUUGCGGCUCUCCUGCUAGAGCAGCCGCGCUUGGAGAGGGCGCCGUCGCCGCCAGCAGCCGCCGCCCCAGGCCCCGCCGGCCGCGGCCUCCGUCCCCGCGCCGCGCUCCGCGCGCCUCCCCAGCACAGUGCCCUCGCGGCGGCAGAUGAGUGUGGGGUCAGCCCACGGCGGGGACUAUGGUGAAAUUCCCGGCGCUCACGCACUACUGGCCCCUGAUCCGGUUCUUGGUGCCCCUCGGCAUCACCAACAUAGCCAUCGACUUCGGGGAGCAGGCCUUGAACCGGGGCAUCGCUGCCGUCAAGGAAGAUGCUGUGGAGAUGCUUGCCAGCUAUGGGCUGGCAUACUCUCUGAUGAAGUUCUUCACGGGACCCAUGAGUGACUUUAAAAACGUGGGCCUGGUCUUUGUGAACAGUAAGAGAGAUAGGACCAAAGCCGUCCUGUGCAUGGUGGUGGCUGGUGCCAUCGCCGCUGUCUUCCACACCCUGAUAGCCUACAGUGAUUUAGGGUACUACAUCAUCAACAAGCUACAUCAUGUGGAUGAGUCUGUGGGGAGCAAAACACGAAGGGCCUUCCUGUAUCUCGCUGCCUUCCCUUUUAUGGAUGCGAUGGCAUGGACCCAUGCUGGCAUUCUCUUAAAACACAAAUACAGUUUCCUGGUGGGAUGUGCCUCAAUCUCAGAUGUCAUAGCUCAGGUUGUUUUUGUAGCCAUUUUGCUUCACAGUCACCUGGAAUGCCGAGAACCACUGCUCAUCCCCAUCCUGUCUCUGUACAUGGGUGCGCUUGUGCGUUGUACCACACUGUGCCUGGGCUACUACAAGAACAUCCACGACAUCAUCCCUGACAGGAGCGGCCCGGAGCUGGGGGGCGAUGCCACCAUAAGAAAGAUGCUGAGCUUCUGGUGGCCUCUGGCUCUGAUCCUGGCCACACAGCGAAUCAGUCGGCCCAUUGUCAAUCUCUUCGUGUCCCGGGACCUUGGCGGCAGCUCUGCUGCCACAGAGGCAGUGGCAAUUCUGACAGCUACCUACCCCGUGGGUCACAUGCCGUAUGGCUGGUUGACAGAAAUCCGUGCUGUCUAUCCUGCUUUUGACAAGAAUAACCCCAGCAAUAAACUGGCGAACACAAGCAACACGGUCACCUCGGCCCACAUCAAAAAGUUCACCUUUGUCUGCAUGGCGCUGUCGCUGACGCUCUGCUUUGUAAUGUUCUGGACCCCCAAUGUCUCUGAGAAGAUUCUGAUAGACAUCAUUGGAGUAGACUUCGCCUUUGCAGAACUCUGCGUCAUUCCUCUGCGCAUCUUCUCCUUCUUCCCAGUACCAGUGACUGUGAGGGCCCAUCUCACUGGAUGGUUGAUGACACUUAAGAAAACCUUCGUCCUAGCACCCAGCUCAGUGUUGCGGAUCAUCGUCCUCAUCACCAGCCUCGUGGUCCUGCCUUACCUGGGGGUGCAUGGAGCCACACUAGGUGUGGGCUCCCUUCUAGCGGGGUUUGUGGGAGAAUCUACCAUGGUUGCCAUUGCUGCGUGCUAUGUCUAUAGGAAACAGAAAAAGAAGAUGGAGAAUGAGUCAGCCACCGAGGGGGAAGACUCGGCAAUGACCGACAUGCCUCCAACAGAGGAGGUCACGGACAUCGUAGAGAUGAGGGAGGAAAACGAGUAAGCACAGGCCGCCAGGGGCCGUGCAGGGACGCUCAAGACAACAGCACCAUCUCCUUCCUCCUCCUCCCUGCAAGUUGUUUUCUGAGUUUUAAUUUUUAUUUUUGGUUAUGAAAGAGGCCUUGAUUUAAAGGUUUCGUAUAAAUUCUCUAGCAUACUGGGUAUGCUCACAGAUGUGGGGACCUAAAGAAAGGUCUUUACUGUCACUUUGUAAACACAGAACCGCUGACUUCAUGCCCCUGCUUCAUAAAAACCCAAAAGAUAGAGCCACCUCUUGGUCGACGUUUCUACUCCCUUGGACAAUCUCCACUUUGGAACCAAAGGACUUGGGCUGUGCCAUUGCCUCUCGGGUCAGACUCUUUCCUGUCCACGUUUGCCUCAUAAGAAUCAACAGGUUGAAUGAAACUCAGCCUCUUCUGACUUGCUCCCCAAGACUGUGGCUAUAACAGUGAUGUGACCUAGUGCCCAUCACACCCCUCCCACUUUGGAGUCAUGAACUAUCUACCACACACAUACACCAGUGAGCCACAGGCUGCAGCUCAGAGUCUCCCUGCUCCCAGAUGAAGAGCUGGGGGUCACACUGGGCCAGCGGAAAGGAAAUUUAAUCUCCUGUAGAAAUCGGAUCAGAGUCGCAGAUGGACUUGACCAUCAGCAUCUCGCAUUGUUUUCCUGGUUUCCCUGAGUUGCCGCCCCCCGCCCCACAGUGUAUAUACAUGAGCUGACUUUGCAGAGGUAUCACAAAGUGGCCCUCCAAAUGUCAGCGUCCUUCCGCAUGACUUUCCCUGAAGGCUUGCUUUUCACUCGCCUUCCCUGAAGAUGGCACUAGAUGGAGAGAAGUGGAGCGUUCUGUCCAUUCCGUUCUUUACAGUGAGCAGAGCUUUAAAUCAUAAUUCAGCAGUCUAAUGCCAGGUUCCUGUCCCGUAACUUCUGAUGUAGAUGUGUUACCUGUCCCUGCUGUUUGUAGUCAUGGCGCUGCAGGACAGGCAACUGAGUGUGCUAUGGUACUCCCCUCCACACCAUGAAGCAAGACAUUUUAUAAACAAGUAUCAAAGUCACUAUGUGAUACCCCUGAAAUAGUGCAUUGGAAAUCCAUUUAGUGCAGUAUAUUUUUCUAAGUUUUGGAAAGCGGGUUUUUUCCUUUAAAAAAAAAAUUAUGGAUACAGUUCACUAAAUUCCUGAUUUAGUCAAAAUAACUAGACUGAAAGAACCUAAACAAAACGAAUAUUUUAAAGAUAUAAAUAUAUGCUGUAUAUGUUAUGUAAUUUAUUUUAGGCUAUAAUACAUUUCCUAUUUUCGCAUUUUCAAUAAAAUGUCUCUAAUACAAUUCAGUGAUUGCCUACGUGCUCCACAUACCUACAGCUCACUCAUGUUGUACCAGUGACCGUUGUAUGUCACAACAGUCUUACAAAGCCCUUUGUCUAUGAAUGGAUGGGCCUGUAGAUGCCAAGAAAACAAUUUUUCAUGAUGGGCAACCUACGGAGAAAAUAGGCCACUUGUACAGACAAGUAAAGGUUAGAAGGGCAAAGAAAAAAGGAAAGAGAAGGCAGAUCUUUUGUGUUUAUUUUUUCAGUGUUGUGUAAUCCUCAUGUUAAGACUGGAAGGGCAAAGGUAGGCUGUCAGCUACACAGGCUUGCAUUCCCAUUUCCGGAUACCUAAUGUCCUUCAUACAUGCCCACCAUGGGAACAAGUCCUUUGUGCUUCCGUAGCUGCUUGUCGGUAAUUUCGGGGGCAGAUCUGAAAAGGUAACUUCAAAGUCUUAAUUGUAUUGGCUUUUUAAAGUACAUGACUAGAAAAUUAAACAGCAGUAUUUUUUAACA